CCACCGCCCAAGAUGGUGGCUCCCGUGUCUCUUCUCCCACCGGCAGAGCAGGAAUAAACUUUCCAGGCUAAGUUAGAUGGAUGGUGCCCCUUAGCCUGGUGGGCUGCCCCCCUCAUCUCCACACCAGCUCCCCUGUCAAGGGAGGUGUCUGUGUGGUUGGGGAGGGAGGAGGCACAAGCAUUUGGGUGGGGGUUGGGGGUCCCCUGCCCCUAGAGUAGGAAUGGUGCCCCCGGGGAAGAAGCCAGCAGGAGAGGCCUCCAACUCCAACAAGAAGUGCAAGCGUUACUUCAAUGAGCACUGGAAGGAGGAGUUUCCCUGGCUGGACUUUGACUAUGAGCGGAAGCUGAUGUUUUGCCUCGAGUGUCGCCAGGCCCUGGUACGAAACAAGCACGGCAAAGCGGAGAACGCCUUCACCGUGGGCACUGACAACUUCCAGCGUCACGCCCUGCUGCGCCACGUCACCUCGGGGGCCCACCGCCAGGCUCUGACAGUCAACCAGGGCCAGCCCACUUUCGAGGGCCCUGCUGAGGGAGGUGGGGCCUACAGCAGCCUGGCUGCCACCCCCACCUCCAGGGAUGUCAAAGUAGAGGUGGACUCUGCCAAAGUGGCGGUGCUGACCACUGUGUACUGCCUGGCCAAGGAGGAUGUGCCCGAAGACCGCUGUUCUGCCCUGCUCGAGCUGCAGAGAUUCAACCUGUGCCAAGCGCUGCUAGGCACAGAGCAUGGCAAUUACUACAGCCCCAGGAGAGUGAGGGACAUGCAGGUGGCCAUUGCCAGUGUCUUGCACACAGAGGCCUGCCAGCGCCUGAAGGCAUCCCCAUUUGUGGGGCUGGUGUUAGACGAGACCAGGGACUGGCCUGAAUCCCACAGUCUAGCCCUGUUUGCCACUUCGGUAUCCCCAUGUGAUGGCCAGCCUUCUACCACCUUCCUGGGUAGUGUGGAACUACAGGAGGGCAGGGCCACUGCUAGUCAGCUCUUGGACAUCCUGCAGGCCUUCGGAGUAUCUGCACCCAAGCUAGCCUGGCUCAGCUCAACCGUCCCCAGUGACCGCCUAGGGAGUGUCAGCCUGCAGCUCCAGGCUACCUGCCCACUGCUCACCGAACUGCACUGCCUCCCUGGCAGGACAGAUCCUGAACCCCCUGCCUACCUGAGUGAAUAUGAGAGCAUACUGGAUGCCCUAUUCCGCCUGCACGGUGGCCCCAGUUCUCACAUGGUCCCUGAGCUCCGGGCAGCCCUGGACCUUGCAGCAAUUGACUUGGCAGGACCAAGGCCAGUGCCCUGGGCCUCCCUUUUGCCUGUUGUGGAAGCAGUGGCAGAGGCCUGGCCUUGCCUGGUGUCCACCCUGGAAGCCGCAGCCCCAGCCUCACCGACAGCUGCAGCCCUGGCUCUGGCCCUGCGCCAGUUCACCUUCGUAGCCUUCACCCACCUGCUGCUGGACGCUCUGCCCUCGGUGCAGAAGCUUACCCUCAUCCUGCAGCCGGAAGAGCCCGACCUGGCCUUGUUGCAGCCCAUGGUGAUGGCGGCAGCAGCUUCCCUCCAAGCCCAGCGCUGCUCAGGGGGAGCCCGCCUCCAGGGUUUCCUGCGAGAACUGGCACUCUCAGACCCCGACCGGGGCGGUGGGCGCUGCGCCUACCGCAGCCUGGAGCUGGUCGGCUACUCAGAGGCCGCGAUCAGGGACUUGGAGCGGCUGCGGGGAGCCUUUCUGGACUCCAUGCAGAGGGGGCUGCGGGACUCCUAUCCCGGGCCCUCGCUGGACGCCGUGGCUGCCUUUGCGGCGAUCUUUGACCCCCGCCGCUAUCCGCAGGCCCCGGAAGAGUUGGGUGCGCACGGCGAGGGGGCGCUGCGGGUGCUGCUGCGCGGCUUCGCGCCCGCGGUGGUGCGCCAGCGCGCGCUGGGCGACUUCGCUCUCUUCAAGCGCGUGGUGUUCAGCCUGGGGCGGCUCAGCCCGCGGGCGCUGUGCACCAAGCUGGCUUGCGAGAACUCGGAGCUGCACGAGCUCUUUCCCGACUUCGCUGCCCUGGCCGCUUUGGCUUUAUCUCUGCCCGCGGGCGCCGGCCUCCUGGACAAGGUCGGCCGCAGUCGCGAGCUGCGAUGGUGGGGACAGAGCGCGACCGGGGAAGGCCGGGGAGGCCACGUGGUGAAGAUCGCCGUGGACGGGCCCCCGCUGCAUGAGUUUGACUUUGCGCUGGCGGCGGAGUUCUUAGAUGGAUGGGGGGAGGGGCUCCUGGGAUCCCAGCUCACCUGAGGAUGGCUUCCUCAUUGCCCCUUCAGCCUGCAGCCCUGGAUGCUCCAAGGGCCAAGCCAGACUUGACUAUGCUGCAACCAAGCUGACCUACUAACUGUGGUCUACCUAGCUAACCCUCUACCCCUGCUGAGCUCCUAACCCUGGGGGCUGCAUGGGAAGAGGGGCCUGAGCAAGUGGACAGAGAGGCUAGCUACGUAAGGUCAGGGCAUCGGAACCCCCCAUUCCCACCUCCUCCCUUUCCAGAAUUUGGUGAGAAGUAACUUACCCUUUCCCUUUCUGGACCCCACGCACAUUUGGCCCUAGAAAAGUUGGGGGUUCUUGGUUGGAGGAAGGAAAACUGGGUCUUGGAAAUUGAGGGAACGAAUUGGUCUUUGUUUCCUAGCCCAACACUCAACAGUAUUUCUUCUUUUUAGGUAAGACAGGAGAGCAGAUGACUGUGCUUACUUUUUGGGGUGCUGUGGAUGGAACUCAGGUCCUCAUGCACACUAGGCAGUUGCUCUACUAUUGAACUACCCCCCAAGCCCCGUGUUUGUUUUUACAGAUUUUUUUAAAAAUUAAAAACUUUUUUUUUUUUUUUUUUUGAGAUGGAGGUUUUUGCCAUGUUUUUCAGGUUGGCCUCAGUCUCAUUAGACCAUGUUCUUUCUUGACACACAGCACAGCAUACUCUGCAUGUGCUCAUGGUUCAAGGGCACAAUGGAUCAUGGAGAUUGUGGUGUCCUUUCUCCCCUCCCUGCCAGUAGGCUGCCUGAGGGCCUUUCUGUAUAUGACCAUGUAUAUAGACAUACAAAUCUACAGAUGUGAAAUAAAUCUAUCCUUUCAUAGUGUUAACACAUAAAAAUCAAAAAGACUUCUUUUGGUUGUGCAAUGACAGGGUCUAAAAAAGUCCCAAAUGGACUGGAUUUCUUUCUUUUAUAUACCUCGCCCCACACCCCUGGACUGGAUUUAUUUCUAAUUUACUUAAAAUCUGGUUGUUCAAAUUCCUAGCUCUCUUUUGCCCUUGCCUCAGACCUUUAAGACCAAAGAUUGCAGACCAUGGUGCUGCUGUACCUGCUGCCCCUAAGGGCUGGCCUCUGGCCUGACCCAGGAUGCUUAGGGUUUUUAUUUUACUUUUUGCCUCCAGGGAAAUGUUGUUGGGACCUCACCAGGGCUGAGGAGCACAACCCUUAGACUGAUGGAUUUUCCAUUCCCUUUUGUCAGCCCUUCCUGUGAAUGGUGUGGGAUAUGGAUAGAGGGAGGGGACAGCUAGAGAGUGAGAGGGAAGGGGGCUGACCUUUUCCCAAGCCCCCUGAAUUUGGGCUUCAUUUGCAAUAAAGUGGAAACCCAGCACAUUUUGCAGUCUUCAUGGUGGUAUGUAUGUCAGGGGCCAGCCCUAUCUCUUCUGUCCCCUGCCUUGACUGACCUCCCCUGGGGAGUGCAUUUGGACCAUUAUGUUGCUUCUGUCUAUGAGUGUGGGAGGGUCAUCCUUCUGGGCUGGGAACCCUCAGCUGUGGACUUCCUGCCUCUGCUUGCCCACCUGUGAGAGCCCACCAAUGGGGCCUAUGAUUUCUGUCUGCUUGGCUGAUGCUACUUUGUGAAGAAACAGGAGUUUCUGCCCUGGCUCCACACCCAAGACCAUCGGCCUUUUGUUCUGGCUACAGAGGUAGGAAAGAGCCCUGUGGUUCCCCAUUUCAGACCCUGCCCUUCUUCCUCCUGCAGCAGGCCCA